AAGCAGCCAUUCCAUUUUCGAUGCUUUUUUUAUAUUCACUAAUGGACGCACUGCAUGUUCGUUACAGCUCCUGCAGUGUUGUGUUCCGAAACCGUGGAACACGCCAGCCGCAAGGAGCCAUUCGGGGUGGCCCGUAGUCUGACGAUCCUCAUCUGUUUAGCUCGGUCGAAAUGCCGAACGCCAGGUAGGAGUUAGGGUGGAGAGGCUGUUUCAGUUUGCAUCAACUGAUCGUCCACCUUUACACAUCUUGUGUGGAGAUCUAGAAUUUGGUGGUCAUCAGUAGUGUAGGGCGUGAUCGUCGAUUGUAGGGUAAGUGGAUCACCAAGGCGGUCUUGUUCUAAUUUGUCGAGUCUGCAGUGUCAGCAUAGCUUGGUCAACUUCAAGGGAAUUUUGCCUGCAGAACGAUUGAAUGUUGAUUGAGGUCGCAUUGGCGCUGGAUGCCAGGGACUGAUCGAACCGGUGGGAGUACGCACUGCUAGCUAACUAGCGUGAUUCUUUAGUGGUGCUUUGCGUCGUUAUGGAUGAGCUGCAUGAAGGGAAAUCUAAUGCUAGAGAAAAUGUUGGUGUGACUUCUGAUAAUUCUAGCGACGUCGAAUCUAGUAGCUGUGCUGGGACAGAAGCUAGUCGAUGAAGGAAAUAACACGGUAUAACGGAAUUUCAAGUAGGUCAUGCAGGUAACGAGUGAGGGUGAAUUCAGAGCGUAAGAGCAAAAGAGAACUAGGUUUUGGGAUAAUUUCGAAGGACUGUGAUCACAUUUCAAGGAAGACCAGAGAACGUCGGCUGAAAUGAAUCCUUUACGGUUAUUCUCGAAAGUGGCUUCAACGUCACCGAAGAAGCUCUCCUUCGAUGUGUGCGAUGGACUCGGACCAGCGCGGGCUGACUCAUCUCACAGCUCAUUCGUGGUAACUACUCGCGGAGAUCCAAAUCCCAGUGAUAUGAUAGCGUCUGCGGAUCUCCUGAGUCUUGAAGUCGAAUGUUCGCGAGAGGGUUCCAUCGUUUUACCUCCGGCGACCACUGACUUCGACGCCUCUCCGCCGCGCAUUGACAGGGUCACCAGAGGUGCCAGGAAGCAUGGGCAAAUUCUAGCUCUUGAGCCUGGGUGUACGGAAGGUGCCAGUCCGGUAGCCGUGAAAACUGAAUCUUCCAGGGUGCCUACACCUGGCCGCGGGAAAAAAACUGCCCUGACUCAGGGACGGGGGCUGCAGGCCUAUGGAAGCACGAACGGAAAGAGUAGCCAUCAUCGUCGAUCUUUGAGCAACACCCCUCGCUCGGACAACAAUUCGACUACCAGCACAGAGUCUUCAAUAGCUCCAGCAACUCGAACCCUGCGGCAGUCUGCCUCGUUCUCGGGAACUACGACGCCGCGAGGUGGCCGUCCGCCCACGAACGCAGAACUGAACACUCCUCUCUUAGGAAGUGCCGGUACCGCCCCACGAAGCGCUGGAAAGUGGGCGAAGUGUGGCGUCAAUGCUGCAGCUGGCACUCGGUUGCCUAAGGCUCUCGGUCAGCACGAAGAGGAACCCGACCGGACUGAGCGCGUGGAGGAUCCCACUUUUUGGAUGGAUCACAGUGUGCAGGUUUUGAUUCGUGCGCGUCCGAUUAGUAGCGCCGAGAUCGCUCAACAGGGGAUUGCCAGAUGCGUGAAGCAAGAGAACGCUCAUACAAUUUCGUGGCUGGGGCAACCGGAGACGAGAUUUACGUUCGACCAUGUGGCAGGUGAAUUCGUCACCCAGGAAGAGUUAUUCCGAGUGGCGGGAUUACCGAUGGUGGAAAAUUGUAUGGCCGGAUACAACAGUUGCAUGUUUGCAUAUGGCCAGACGGGUAGUGGCAAGACGCAUACCAUGCUUGGAGACAUUGGGGACUUCGAUCAGCAACCUAAUGAGAAUUGUGGGAUGACACCACGAGUGUUUGCGUACCUGUUUGCUAAGAUUCAGAAGGAAGAAGAAGCCCAAAAACACAGGAAGUUGAAGUACAAAUGUAGGUGCUCCUUCUUGGAGAUCUACAAUGAGCAGAUAUCGGACUUGCUUGAGCCCUCCUUAACAAACUUACAGAUGAGGGAGGAUUUGAACAAAGGCGUUUAUGUUGAGGGUUUAUUGGAAGUGGAAGUGCAGAAUGUGCAAGAUGUGUUGCAUCUGCUGCUGUUGGGUGCGACCAACAGGAAAGUGGCUGCUACCAACAUGAACAAGGAGAGCAGUAGGUCACACAGUGUUUUCACUUGUAUCAUCGAGAGUCAGUGGGAGUGCGAUUCAAUGAUCAACUUCCGGUACGGACGGCUGAACCUCGUCGAUCUUGCUGGUUCAGAACGUCAGAAAGCCACUGGCGAGGAUGGAGAGCGUCUGCGAGAAGCGGCCAGUAUAAACAAGUCUUUGUCAACCCUUGGGCUUGUCAUUAUGGUCUUGGUGGACAUUGCCAAUGGGAAGCAACGGCACGUCCCGUAUCGAGAUUCGAAGCUCACCUUCCUCCUUCAGGAUUCGCUUGGAGGCAACUCUAAGACAACAAUCAUCGCUAAUAUCAGCCCUUCCAGCUGUGCUGCGUCGGAGACUCUUAGUACCCUCAAGUUUGCUCAGCGCGCGAAAUUCAUUCAGAACAAUGCUGUGAUCAACGAACAAUCCACCGGAAACGUGAAAGAGCUGCAAGAACAGAUUCAACAGCUUAAGGAUGAGCUCGCUCGUAUUCGUAGACAGAGCAUAUCAAGGAUACCGUCCAUGCCUGUGGUAGAAGAUGACAAUGCCACGGAUAUGUCCAACGAGUCCGGAUUUGAUCCUAUGCGGAGCUUCACUGAGGGCUCCUUUCUGCAGUUUGGUAGAGCUGUAUUAGGACCAACCGCAUUGAAUCAAAAGAUAAAAGAACUGGAAGACCUGCUGGCAGCCGCACUACGAAGAGAAAAGAUUCUUCAAAAGACAUCAGCUGCUGAAAUUCAGGACCUGACACGCUUGGUGGAUAGAAACACUAAUUCCGAAUCUGCUGCCAUUGUCCAGCAGGAAACAUCGAUAGCUGAACUUUCGUCUGAGAGACGAGCAACAGAGCUUCUUCGAUAUGAGGUUGAAUCCUGUCAACGAGACCUUGCUGAUUAUCGAGUGAAGCUUCAGAUCAGCCUGGAGUCCAAUGAGAGAAUGACAAGUGAGUUGGAUGCAUUGCGAAAAGAACUUGAGAACUCGCAGGAGGAAUGCAGGAUGCAGAAACAUAAGCUUGGGAUCCUUCAGGGCAAAGUACAACAGUUCGACUGUUUGGAGUUGAAGCAAGCGCAACACGAACAGUUCAUGUUCGAGCUGAAGACGCAGCUUCAGAAGAGCGAAGAGAGGGCCGCGUAUGAAAUGAAGAGGCAACGUCAGCUGGAGCACCGGCUGCAAGAGGAGCUGCAGGAGUCCACCAACUUGCAUGCAGAGCUUCAGUCAACACGAGCUUCACUGAAGGAAGCUGAAGCGCUGGUCGAAACAUUGCGGGGACGUGGAUCAGGACUGGAAAUUGGAGACUCGGAAGCUUCAUAUGAAAGUGCCAUGAUCAAGCAGUUACGAAACGAGAUAACCGAAUUGAAUAAAAGAUUAGAGGAUGAGCGCGACCGUGGAAGAGAAUUAGAGAAUCAGGUCGGUAAUAAAGCUGCGAGGGAUUUUGUACAUGAACCCAAUCACAAAAGUAACAUUCACACGGAGUGCCCUGACAUCACAGGGAGGAAGAGGGUUAGGCAUCACGAUGCAAUAUUGCAAUUGCAAAUGGAGCUAGAGUCCAUAGACGGUGGAUCACCUGGUAGAUCAGAUCCUAUAAAAGGAUACAGAUGGGAGUCAGGUACUGUAGACGAGGAGGUUGAGGUGAAGCACACGAUGACCAUUAUGCAGCUUCAGUUGGAUAUGGAAGCGCUGGAAAGUGUACUUGCCGAGGAGCGUCGAAACCUAGCGGAGGCGAGGUCUUCCUCUGAACUUUUGCGACAGGAAUUUGAGGAGACAAAAGUCAAGCUUAAUGCAGAGAAGAGUAAAGUGGAAGCUCUAACAAGGAACCAAUAUCUUAAGAAGGUUGAGGGCCAGCUUCAUGAAGCGGAGAACGAAGAAAUGCAAUUGGUCAAGAUGCAAGAGGCUCUUUUAGUAACGAAAGAGCACUUCAACUUGGAGAUGCAGACUUUGGUUGCAGCGGUUGCUGAAGCCGAAAAACGGUACGUAUCUGUGAAGAAGGAGCUUGAGUCAAUCCACUAUCAGUUCCAAGGCCUUGCAGAUCGGACCAGAGAUGUCGAAUCUCGUGAGCUUGUUGUUCAGGCUGACAGCAAGAAGCUUGAGGAGUUGAAGAAGCACCUAGGAGCUGUUCAUAUACUCAGCGAUGACUUGCCAAACCAGAUUGAGAUGACACUGGAGGGAUCUGUGAAUGUAAAGGAUCAGACGAUACAAGAGCCGGAGGAUUGGGUUCUCGAAAAAUCAGACCUUCUCUUGGCAGUGCGAGAUUUCGAAGCUCGUUGUAUGGAGAAAGAUUACGUUAUUGGAAACUUGAAGAAAAAGAUUGCCAGUCUCAACAACGGUGCAUUAGAAAGCGUAGAAGUCGUAGGACUCAGAAGCCUCUCUAGGAAUGAAACAAUGGUGAUGCUAGAGAAGAACCUCGAGAACAUGGCACAAGCUAUGGUCCAAAUUACUACAGAAAAUAUACAGCUACAGAGAGACAUCGAACUCCUUAGAAAGGAUUCCGACAGUGCACGACGACUGGUGGAGCAGAAAGAAGAGGAACUCACUAUGGCUCAGAGGAAACUGGCUGAUACAGAAGACCUUAUGGAGCAGGAGACUUUCAAAAUCGAGGCAAUUUCAUUGUUAAUAACUGAAGCUGGAAGCUCAGAAGCGAGCUGGGUUGCUGCGAGAGAGAUCCUGACUUCAAUGAUUUCAGGGUUGCAAUCAUAUGUGGGAUACUCCUCUGGUGAAGCUGAGCUUGAACUUGCGAGAACACAAAUUCUCCUGGCGGGGUCCGAAGGCAAGGUUAGGCUACUCUCUGAAAUGGUCGUUAGAAUGCAGAGUUCCCGAAGUGAAACAUUUGAAACUGAACUGGAGUUUGAUUUGGUCAAGAGUGCGGAUCGUCCUCUGCGAAGGCUUUCCGAGAAUCGAAGUCGGAUCUCGUCGAGUGAUAGCAAAAUCAACAACACUAAACUUGUAGAAAAGUUGCGGCAGGGCCUUGCGAAGACCAAGGCUGAAAAUGCGAAGCUGAUCUCCGAGGUCCGCGAGAAGGAGAACGCAACCCUCAGUUUCUGGAUGCAGCUGUCAUCUGCGGAAGCGAAGUGCACGGAAAUGGAAGUCAUUGCCGCAAGCAAGGAAAAGAAACUAUGUCAUCAGCUGAAUUCAUUAACAGAAAAACUCCAAAAUGUCGAAAAUGAAGCUAAGAAUUACAAAUCACUUGCGCAAAAAUCUGAAGCCGAGUUGGAGAGAUUGACCAUGUUACUGCUGGAUACCGAAGAGCGGCAGAGGCAAGCCGAGCAAGCUUGGGUGAAGGAGAAGACCGAGCUCCAAAGUCAGAGACAUGAGGCACAGCUGGAGGCUGCCACAAAAAAACUCAAACUUCCCGCGAGGUUCGCUAAGCUUGAUAAAUGGCAGCAGCGGCUGAGCGAAGCGGACCAGCUCAUAAACAUGCUGGUGGAAGCCAACGAGAAAUUGAGGCAGGAAUGUAGUCAGAGAUCGAUGGAAGCCGAGAUGACGAACAACCUAAUUCUGGAACUGCUGGAGACCGUGGCGCUGUCGAGGGAGCAGCUUCAUGCCACCAUGAGCCACACAGAGAGAGAGUUCCGUGCAUUGAUCGAGGAAUCCCAUCUGCUCAAAGCUCAUUUCAAGAGCGACAUUAUGAGAUUAAGGGAAACGCAGCUGAUUGUAGUGGACGACAUGAUGAGGUCUAUAGAAACACUGCCCUCAGUGAAGUGUCUAGAAAGCGAACGGCGGUCUUGGGAGCUGCAAUGCAAGGCAGCUAAUGCAGUGCUGGCUGAGAAAGAGUUGACAAUCCGGAACCUCCAAACUGAAGUAGCCAAAGCUGUCAAGCAGAUGUGGUGUGUGCAAACCGAGAAAGUGUCGGCGGUGGAGGCUUCUCAAGAGAAAGAAGAGACGAUCGUAAAACAUCUGAACGAAGUGAACCAUCUUAAGGAAAGCGCAGACCGAGACAUGUCUCUUCUGCAGAGCAUCACAGAAUUCGGAGGAUAUCAUACACCUCUUAAACAGCCAAUGGAACUUGGACUUGGCACGCCUCUCAAUCAAAAUGCGUUGCGGCAGAGUGUGACGAAGGAGGCUGAGCUCGGACAUACUCCUCUGAGGAGAUCCUUUUCUUGUAAGUUGAUUGAGGAGAAGGAGAUGACGUUGAACGUACUCAAAGAAGAGCAAGAGUAUCUGAAGACGAUGGUGUUCAGUCUCGACACGGAGAAAUCCGAGUUGCAACAACAGUUGCUGGACUUGGAAGCUGAUGCUACUGCUUUGAGGUCCACCAUAGCCAACUUGGAGAGGGAGCUACAUGAUAGUAACCGCCGGCGGUGCGAGGAUGUGGACGCGCUUGUUGAGCAGCUCCAGGAAAGCACUCGCCAUAUCUGUGACUUGGAGGUUCAGAGGACGGACCUUCGAGAGGAAAUGCAACGUCAAGCGGUGUUAUUUGCCGAGCUCUAUGAGCAGCUCCAGAAGCAGGAGAGUUUGGCGGAAGCAGAGAGAGCCAAUGAAGGCAGAGCCGAUGAGAACAAGUAUGUCUUGCAAAUGCUAGAGCAGGAGAAGGCUGAGCUCAAAACUAUGGUUGAGCGGCUAGACACGGAGAUAAUGGCUCAUCAAGUGGAAUCGAAGCAAUUGAAAACACAAGUGGAAGCUCUGAAGUCAGAUCUGGCAUUGAAGACAGUCGAAACUGUUCGGAUCAAUGAGGAACUUGAUCAACUGAGAGGUGUAGUAGAAUUUUCUGAAAGAGAGACGAAAAUCCUAAGAGACCUAGUGGAGGAUUUUAAAAGCAGUAGAUCUCGGUUAGAAGAGCAACUUCAAUACUCAACAGAUGCCAGCAUCUUGAAAGUAGAACAGCUCGAAGCAGAGCGGGACAAGUUCCAAGAUGAUCUUCAUCUCUUCAUGGGGCAGUUGGAGGAGAUCCAAAAGUUGGCUGAUCAACGAGACAUUGCUGCAUCCGAAGCUCGCCAGGUGGCGGAGCUAAACAAGAUACGAGCAGAAGAGAAACAGGUUGAGGUGGACAUCCUUGGGAAGUCUGUAGAGGAGCUGGAAAAUACAGUUUAUGCUCUAGAGUCUCAGGUCGGGCUUUUGAAGAGGGAGUGCGAGAGGCAACGCUUAAUGCGGGAAGAAAUGGAAAGUGAGAUUCAAGGUCUCAAAAACCAGAUCUCUAUAAUGCAUGCUGCACUACACGAAGCAAGUACUCGGAGCAGUGAUGAGCGCCUUGAAACAAAGAUACGGAGAGAAAAUGCGGAAAGUAUGCUGGAGGAACGCGAGGCUGAACUGCAACUGCUGCGGAAAAAGCUGGAGAAACUCGAAAUGCAGUUAGAAGAAAGCAAACCAGUGGAAUGGGUACAAGCGCUGCCUCCAGCGCAGAUUCCAAUCCAAAAGGGGCAAAAACUUCCCAAGGGAGCGGCUUCAGCCUUCGCAUGCAUCAAAUUAAACCACCAGGUUCACUUGGAGCUUGACGAGGAGAGGAAGGCCUAUGAGCGUCGCAUCCAGGAGUUGGAAGAUGUUCUUGGCAGUCACCAAAAUGAGGUCACGACGUUGCAUGGAAAGCUGGCCGAUGCCGAGAGAAUGACACGCGAUGUCCUCCAUGUUCUGCGUUGCAUCAAACUGGACAUGUCCAACGUUGCUACUCUCUUAGACGAACAACAGGUGGAAGAAGGCGUGAAGAGUGAUAGACAGACGCUCCAAAAGGACGAGGAAAUUGAGCAAAUCCUCACCCAACUGAACGAUUUCAUCGAAGAGCGGGAAAGUUGGUUGGAGAUGAUCAGUCGAAAGCAGCUUGAGUUACUUGCUGCCCAAGAAUCUGUGGAAAACCUUAGAGAACGAGAAAAAGCUCUCGUUGCCGAAAAUAAAAAGCUGGUCACUGACAAUCGAAACCAGCUGAAGAAGAUUGGGCACCUGGAGCAGGAGGUGAAGUCUCUCUCUGGACAACAGAACCUUCAGCAGCGGAUCAAACACCACGCCAGAAUCAAGGAAGAAAACAACUCCCUGCGGAUCCAAAACAACGAACUGAAUGCCAGGCUCAGACGUGUCGAGCUCCUCAACACGCGUAUCAGCGAGGAGUUGGCCAAGUACCGCGCUGCGCAUGGCAAGCCAUCUGCAUUGAAUAUCGAAGAGGAGCAGCGUCUUCGCACCAUGCUGCAGGAAACUGAGCAGCAGCGGGACCAAGAGGCUCAAAAGCUCGCCACCCUAAGUUCCAGAGUCAUGAAUGCUGCUGGAAUGACAGACCGCGGCACUGAGACCGAUCCAGCCACGGCUUUGGAAGCUAUUGAGAAAAUGAAGCAUCACUUAAAAUCCACACUUCAGGAGCUGGAGGACGUCAAGCUGAAGACUAGAAUCUCGGAAGAAAGGCAGAGGUUGAACGAAUUACGGACUGCACACUCACCCUUGCGAGGCAUGGAUGCGCAAAGUGUGACACCCAGAUGACCCUCAAUGCCACUACCUCGUUGCGUUGGUGUUCGUAGGUUUGUGCAGAUUCUUGUGUACAGUCACCGCACUAGGGAGCUUAGCAUAAUUGCCGAUGUUAUAGAAUGUACAUCAGUCUCGUAUUUUUUUGCUGGAUCAUCGAUAUGACCCUUAUUUUUUAACCAGCCUCGAUGCGAUGGUUUGCCCGGCGUCGGAGCCCUCUCGUCCCCCAUUUGUGAGGGACUUUCCGCUUCUAGAGCUCGCACUUUUUCCUAAACCCUAAAAGCUUAAAGCUAGUGGAGUAUCUUACAUUAUUUUUGCAGUCAAGUUAUAUUUCCUGAUUUUGUUUGGAUCGACGCUGAUUGCGUGAUCCCAAGUGAGAAAGAUGAUCUUGUGCUGCACCUGUUGAAUUUGUUUAAUUCAUUUUAUACUUGGACAAUUUUUUCCAAGAUUUAUUGGCAA